UUUAGGGCUGGGCAGGGGGAGGGGAAAAACCCUCCGCCCGGGAUGCAGGGCCUGGGGAAGAAGGGUCGGGCUGAGGAGGCCCAUCUUCCCCCAGAGGCUCCCUCGGAGGAGGUGGGCCAGGACCUUACCCCCCAAGGCCCUUUGUCUACCCACCAUGGGGGUUGGGUGGCUUGGUGAUGCUUGCUGCAGAUCCUAUUUCUGCUUUAUUCCCCACCCCCACCCCGAACACCGGAGCUUCCCUCCCCACAGCCACCUUCACUCCUUCACUCCUUCACUCCGUCCCUCCCAGCUCCGCUGCUGCCCCGCAGCCUCCCCCAGGGGUUUCUAGCGAGCCCUGGCCCUGGCUUUCUUAUCUCCAUACACUUCUUUGUAUUUCACUGCUGUGACUUUCCUGAAUAUUGGGGAUGGGCCAGGGGAAGGCAUAACAAAUACCAAAACCAAUAGAAAAAUGUUUUAUGUCUCAAGAUGUUUCUGUUGCAUGUGUGUUUCUCAAGGGUUUUUAUUUUGCUGUGUGAAAUUAAACGCCCAAUCACAUUCAUGUUAAAAAAAAGAAAAGAAAGGUCCAAAAUUAUGUUCUUAAAUGGAAAGAAAAUCCUGGGCAGCGAAGCCGGAGUUAGUCAUCAUGUAGAGAAGCAGCCGGUAGAAUGACUUCAUUUGCUCAGUUUGCAAUAAAUCCGUGUUUCUGUGUGUUGUCUAAGGCACUGAAGGAGGAGGGGCAUAGACACAGUCUCUCCGCCACCACCCUCUGACGCCUGGACCCUGCUCUGGCUCCUAACUCACUUCUUGGCCUCCGCCCUGGACCUUAAGAAUUUUCAAUCUCUUUGGGGACCAAGAACAAGCACCAUAUGAACAAUUGGUGGAUGGCCACUGAGCACUGCACACAAGAUUCUAGGAAGGAAAGGGACGGGUCUGCUCCCUCCUUAGGGGAGGGAUGUGGCCCAUGGUGGUGGAGGACUUGUCACAUUUCCUGCCAGUGUUUGGGGUCUGUAGCCACAGGGUUACAAAACAGAGUGUGCAACUGAGAACGUGGGCACAUUGGCCUCCACCCUCAGGCAAUGACAGUGCCAGCAUCUGGCUGUCCACAUAAAUACCAGUCUGGCCCUGAGAACUGUCAUGGGAGGUGACUGCUAAACCUGCCUCCAGCCAGGCAGUGGGCCCUCUGACCACUCAGGGAGUUCCUACUCACACCACAUACAGGCCACAACGUUCCAAAGAGACACAUUCAGAUAAAGUAUUUGAAUGUGGAGACUGACCAGACUGAGCACAGACUUAGCUUUCUUAUGAUGGCUCCAGUAUGGAGAAUUCUCUGCUUCUUCGCUCUGCAGUCUCCUGCUUAUUGUCCUAUGUAUGUGCAAAAUGCCAAAUAAACUCAGGAAGUGGGGUUGGCAAUAUUAUGACACUGAGGGUAGCCAUCUGAAGCAAUGACAGCUAUUUUAAAGGAUCAUUUUUCAAGUUGAGAGUGGAGUGAGAUCUCCAACUGUUCAUGAUUUUAAAUCAGUUGACUCUUCCAAGAAGUGAGAAACUGGUAAUUUUAUUUAUAGAGAACUGUAUCACAAAAACCAUUUUAGUUCUUGCAGUUGCAAAAUUCUGCAUACAGUGAAACAAUCUUUGCUGUGCUUGGUUGAAGUUAUUUCCAAGAGAAUGGUAAUCAAAAGAUUUUUGCAAAACAUUGAAAAGGAUAAGUGAAAUAGAGCACUCAUAAUGAGCGUCUCCAAAAUUUCCUUCCACAGAAAUUAUGUUCGCCUUCAAUUAUAAUUAUUCUAAAUAUAUGAGCUACUCUUGUUACUUUUAAUCUUCACUUCCAUUGUGCCUUCCAAAUUCCUCAUGGAAAGACAUUUAUUAUUCUAUUUUUAGAUUUCCCACAAAAGAGAGUCUGACCUUCAUAGACUGUCAGGUUUGGAUUCAGACAGCCUGUGUUCAAAUCCCAGUUCUGCCACUUACCACCUGUGUGAUCUAGGGCAGCCCAUUGCCAUUUCUGGACCUGUACUGACCCUUUAUAAAAGGAGAGUUGUAAUAGUAUGUCCCUCUCAGAGAUCCUCAAACUUUUUAAACAGGGGGCCAGUUCACUGUCCCUCAGACCAUUGGAGGGCCGGACUAUAGUUUAAAAAAAAAAAACUAUGAACAAUUCCUAUGCACACUGCACAUAUUUUAUUUUGAAGUAAAAAAAAAAACAAAAUGGGAACAAAUACAAUCAUAUCGCCUCAUGUGGCCCGUGGGCCGCAGUUUGAGGAUGCUAUGUUGUCUGCCUGGUAAGGUGGGUGCAACCAAGACUCAAGUCAGGCUGACCAACGCAGAGCCUGGAUGGUAAGCUCCAGGCUGUGUGCAGCUGAGCCUGCAGCGCUGGAUGAGAUUGUGUCAAGUCUCCAUAGAAUGGUGUGGAGGGGAAAUGGAAGUCUGCAGGUGCAACAUGAGAGAGGCUGGGGUACACACCAUCUGGCAGGAGGCAGAAGGCCAGUAUGGCUGCUCAAGCUGCCGUCCCUCUGCUCAGGGUGCUGCAACUGAGGGCUGAGCUGCAGCCAGAACACAGCUUGGGCUCUGCAGCUCUCCUUGGCAAGGUGCAUGUCCUCUCAUCCUCCAGCCAAAAGUCUGAAGUGCCCUUCUGAGGGGAGGAAGCACUGUCCUUGGGUGGAAGGAGAUGGAAGCUGGUCAGCUUUCCCUGUGAGCCCCUGCAAUGCCAGCUUUUCUGCCCCUUCUCAACCUCUUCCCCUCUGUGCCCACUGGGUUGCGAGGCAGCCAUCCUGUCCUUGCUGUGUGCAGGUAGUUCCAAGGCUUCCUUGAGCUAGGGUCUGAAAGGCCCCAGGCUGGCAGAGCCCCUGGCACUCAGUUCACACCUGCUGAAGCCCCUCACAGGCCUUGAGGGGAGAGAAGGGAAAGAUGCCUACAGAUCAGCCCUUAUGCAAAGGCAGAGGGCCAGCCACAGAGGAUUACCCUUAGGUCACUGACCACCCAGAAAGGGGGUACUGGCAGACAGAGGUGUUUCAGGCCUGAGCCCAGAGCCAUGAGGGGGAGAGAACUCAGGGGAGGCUCUCAGCUCUUCCCUCCUGCUGGGAUAUUGGGGGCCUCCAAACUUCCCUCAAAGGUAGCUUUUUAAAAACUAGACCCCCUAUCCCCCUCCAUGCCUUGGCUCAGCUCCCGCCCUCCUCCCUCUCCUUUCCUGCCUCUUGGUAUGAAUCCAGGACUCUUCUUUUGCUGCCUUGCUGAAUCCCGGCACUCCUUCCUGGUUCUGCCCUCUAUCCUCCACCAGCUUCACUCCCUGCCCAGGCCUGGGGUCCUGCCACAUGCUGGAGUCUUCACUGCUCAAGACCCUCCCCAUUCAUCUGUCCCCAGCCCAGAUGUGUGGUCCUAGAGCACCCCCCUUCAUUAAAGCUCUACUGCCACCCACUGAUCUCAGGUGUGACUUAUACACUUGCUGUGCCAGACCAUGGAGGGGGCUUAGCACUCCUGCCCCUGCCUCUUCCCAGGAAGACACUCAAGCCUUUUCCCAUUGAACUCAGACUGGACACCAGAAACCUUGUCUGAAUGGCACUGCAAGCGUAGAUAUCUGUCAGUGCUGUGUGCAAGAAAGGUAACAUCUUCUGCCCCUGCAGCCUGAGACACCCCGAGUCCCCCAUCCCCCGCUCUGGCCACCCACCUUGAUGCUCUCUCUUCUGCCCAUCUGUGCUCUGUGAGGUGGGUGCUUGGCUGUCUUAGAGUUUACAGUGGGAGGCAGGUGGGCCUGAGUGUCCCGUUCAGCUGUCUCUGCCUAGAUGAAGAGUCACCUUACCUAACUGGAUCCUCGUGAGGGUGCAGUGAAGAUAUACUGAGGAAUGUUGCUCAAAGGCCUGGAGCUGGGUGUCUGAGUUGGCCAGCAGCUGGGGCAGCAUGGAGCUGAAGAGAGGAAGGACCUUCAUCAAGUCCAGCCUGCAGAUUUCCCACGAGAAACCUGCAGACCCAGUAGUCCCUGCCCCCGCCAGGGGGGAUGCAGGCCCCUGGUCAGUCCCCCUGGGAGGACAGCAGAGGCCUCACAGUGAGAAAACCCCCCAGAGCAGUCUCAGAGCCCAAGACUAUGACAGAUGCUCCAACCAGGGGGCACAGCCAGACCCUGAGGGGGGUCCUGCCACCCUCUGUGGGGCCACCUUUAAGCUGCUACGAAAGAGCAAGACUCAUGACAGUGUGCUAGGGGCUGGCAGAGCAGCAGCCACCACUGGACAGCUGGUGGGCAGUGCGAGCUUCCUGGGGACCUCGGGCAGCCAGCGCAUGAUUGACUACCGGCACUUUGCACCCCAGACGCCCUUCGUGCCAGCUGUGGCCAAGAGCAUCCCAAGGAAGAGAAUUUCCCUGAAACGGCCCAAGAAGUGCUUUCGGAACCUCUUCCACAUUCGCAGAAACAAGACCGACAACUUGGUGGCACUGGAAGAUAAGGGGAAGAGCAUGCCUUCACCUGGGGGCCCAUUGGAUGCUGGAAGGAAGCAGGGGAAAGCUUUCCUCCCCCUGGGUGAGGGGCCAGGGCCAGACAGCCUGUGCCAAGACCUGUCUGACAGUGAGCUCCUGACCGACUCGUCCUUUGACCUCUGCGGGGCCCUAUGUGAGGACGUGGCCUCUCUUCAAAGUUUCGACUCACUCACAGGCUGUGGGGAGAUCUUUGCUGACGAGAGCUCAGUGCCAUCCCUAGAGCUGAACGAGGACCCAGAGAGCCCAGCUGGGGUGCCUCAGAACCUGGAUAGCAAGGUCCCCAGAGCCCCCUUCCAGGGCGGCAUAGAGCAGCUGGCAUCACCUGCCCAAAAUGAGGCAUCCGACUUCAGCAAGUUCUGGGAGAGUGUGAACCGCUCGGUGAGGCAGCAGCAGCGUGCCCUGCUGGGCCCGUGGCCUGUAGCCACCCAGGGAACAGAUACAGACCAGCCCAGGCUGGAUGCAGCUAGGCUGGCUGAGCUGCCCCUAUGCAGGAAUCCCCUGAGUGGCUCCAAAGCUAGCUCUGUUGACACAGGUACUCCCAAGAGUGAGCAGCCGGAAUCUGUGUCCACAAGUGAUGAGGGCUACUAUGAUUCCUUCUCUCCAGGCCUUGAGGAGGAUAGGAAGGAGGCCACAAGUCCAGGAACACCGGCAGCCCCCUUCCCACGGGACAGCUACAGCGGGGAUGCCCUCUACGAGCUCUUUCACGACCCCAGCGAGGUCCCUGUUGGCCCCAGCCCAGACGACGACCUCUGUGUGUCUGAGAGCCUGUCAGGGCCAGCCCUGGGGACACCGCUGUCCAUAUGCAGCUUCCACAUGGGGGCUGAGGAGAACCUGGCCCCAGCGCCAGGCCCUGACCUGCUUAGCCAGGGCUUCCUGCAGAGCUCCUGGAAGGGCAAGGAGUGCCUGCUGAAGCUGUGUGACACGGAGCUGGCCAUCACCAUGGGCAUCGUCAGCUGGCUCCGCCGGGGCCCUGGACCCCGAGCCCCACCUGCCCCUGUAGAGCCCACAGUCCCACUUGGUCCCCAGAAGGCCCCCAGGGGACCAGCAGAGAAGCUAGAGGGCAGGGGGUCCCAGGCCUCAGAAGCAGGAGGACCCCCAGUGUGCUCAGCACCUGGCAGGCAGGAGCUGUGGGCACGGUCAAGUGCCAAGUCCCUGCCUCCCAGAGAGAGCCAGGUCCCAGGGAGCACUGCACAGGGGCCAGGCUCUCUGGAGGAAGGGACACAGGGCCGUCCUUCAGGUUUGUUCUCCUCUGUGGGGUCUGCAGCUGCUGUGACAGCAGACACUCCCAGUACAAAUAAGGCUCUAAGCCCCUCUACCUGGCCCAGCUCCCAGAAGGAGCCAAGGCCACCUGGGGAUCUGGGAUCUUUCCAAGGCCUCUGGAGGCCUGCUCACGGGGGAAGCACCCUGGACACAGAGCCCAUGUUGACAGGCUGUGUGGCCCAUGUGGCGGCCCUACAGAUUCACCCAGAUGGCCAAGACCCAUCUGGAUGGCUUCUAAGGCAAGAUGCAGGCAGUGAGCUCUGCAGGCAGCCCCAGGCCAGGGGCCCUGGCGUUCUGCCACAGAAACAGCCCAGUAGCUGUUCCACCACUGCCAGUGCCGGUGACCUGCCUUCUCCGGCUAGCACACUGAACCAGAGGCGUCGAGACUACACCUUGGACCUAAGCUGGCUCAGAGUGAAGUCUGCUGGGCUGAGUGUCCAGACCAGUGCCUCUGUGGAGGACCAGCCCCCACAACUCAGCAUGGGGGCUGUGGAGCAGGCAGCACAUGGUGGUCAGCCAGACUCUGAGCCCCACUCAGCUCUUGCUGCCUGGCACAGCCCCCGAGGCCUCCUCGCUUUGGACAACCAGCGGGAGGGGGGGCCCUCAGCGAGUGCCCCAGAAUGUCGCUGCAGCCUCCUGGCCCGAGAGGGACUCCUCUACAUCCAGCCUGAUAUGGGGGCCCCCAGGCUAGCCAUGGCUGAGCCUCAUCUGUAGGACAGCUUGCACUCACCAGAAGCUACGUUGUUAUGGCCACAUUCAGGAGGCCCUGGGAUCCUAAUCUUCAUCUUUUGUCCCUGAAAUGUGUCAUAUGGGGAGGGGCUGGCAGGACACAGGAAAGCAAGAAGUGGGUAUUUUCAUGUGAGGAUAUUCUUGCCUGAACCCACCUGCACAGGCAGCCCAAGGCCAAGGACAACUUGAAGCUGCAAACACCUCACUGCCCCUUAAACAGCUUGUCUGAGAGAGGAGCUCAGGCAUGAAACCAACAGGAAGGAAAUGUGCACAGUGUGAAUGGGAAGCGGCAGCCCAGACGUCUGCAUGGCACGUGUGGGCCGGGAGCCAGUCGUCAUUCCCCAGGGACACAAUCCCGAAUGCCAUAAUCCUGAAUAUUGGAAUCCCAAAGGGUCAGAAUUCCUAAAGCCUAAAAUCCUCAAAUCACAAUCCUGAAAGAUAAAAAUCCUUGAAUUAUAAUUCUGGAAAAAGUAA